GAUCACUGGGCAGAGCACACUGAUGCCUACACUUGUGCCUGUGUCACCCCAGAACGUGGCGGAUGUCACAAUGGCCGUGUCACAAUGCCCCAUGGCUGCUUCAGCUGGGCCCAGGGGCUCAGGGCUCACUUUGCCGCUGGGAGGCAUUGCCUGAAGUCACGCCGCUGCUCAGGGAGUCCGCCUAUCUGUUUUCCCUUUCUUACACCAAGAAAGGGAGGAAACGGAACUUCUCCCACCUCCUCUGCUGCCCCCUCGCCUACUACUACUAUUGCUACCGCUACCGCUUCAUCUACAGGUGGAAGAUGCUGCCUUUUCAAAAGAGAAUCACCAUGACCGAGCGGGAGAGCCUGACUCUCAGGCCUCGCUACUGCCUUCAGUGCUCCUGAGUCUGUGGCCGGCCGGCCAGACGGGAGAGGGGCCGCCCCAGGAGACCAGCCGGGCCUGAGGGAGCUGUACAGGGCCGGGAACUUGACCGUGCUGGGCGAAGCCCUUCUGCUCCCUGAUCUCCCGGCCCAGCUGGACUUCCACGUCGCGCUCAGCCCACAGCGCUCUGCUCACUGGCACAGCGUGCGCAGCCGGCGCAAGCUCUUCCUCGACGUUCCCCGCAGGGUCCUGGAUCAAAACAGUCGCCAGAGUCUGACCGCAACGCUGGAUUACGUGGAGGAGAAGACAGACGUGGACUUGGUCUUCGUGAACUUCCAAAGCGCCCGCAGCGACCGUGGUGACCUACUGCGAGCAUUUGGCUACCUGGGUUUUGAGACAGUCCGGCCCAACCACCCCGCGCUGCCUCCCUGGGACAAUGUCAUCUUCAUGGUUUACCCCAUUGAGCAAGAUGUCCAGCCUGCGCCGGAAUGAGCCUCCUGGUGCCAGCACUCCAGGAUGC